AUGGGUUGGAGCUUCAGUCGCGUGUCGCCGGCGAGCAACAAUGCCAACAACGAUAACAACAACAGCAACAAUUUACCACAUUACUCGGGCGACGAGCUCGCCGAUCCCGAGUCGACCUGCUGCCACCGGGCCACCUGGUGCGUGCCCGGCUGGCGCAAGCUCAACGUCGACGAGAGCGUGGCCGGCUGCGGCUGCUGCGACUUGACCUACGCCACGGGCUUCUGGCUCGUCACCGUCCUGGCCAUCCUCGGCCUGCUCUACGCCCUGCUCUAUCUGUACGUGGGCGAGGCGAUGCUGCCCGGCGGGCCCUACUUCGGCCUCUACUUGGUCGUCUGCAGCUCGUACUUCGCCGGCUGGGCGCUGGCCUACGUGCCCCGCGUCCAGCUGCCCCCGGUCUUCGGCAUGAUUCUGGCGGGCAUCCUCGUGCGCAAUCUGCACUGGUACAACAUCGAGGAGGCCCUGAGCAUGGCCACCACGGCCAAGAUACGCAUGUUCACGGCGACCUUCGUGAUGCUGCGCGCCGGACUGCAGCUCAACACGACCACGCUGAGGGACCAUCCGCGCUUCAUCGUGCUGCUGGCUCUGGUGCCCUGCACCAUGGAGAUGUGCGCGGUGGCCGUCUGCGCCAGAUCCUUGCUCGAUCUGCCCUGGGGUUGGGCCUUUCUGCUCGGGAGCAUCACCGCCUGCCUGUCGCCCGUCAUCCCGAUCAACACGAUGCUGGCCCUGGCCGAGGAGGGCUACGGCGAGGACAAGCACAUGGCCUCGCUGCUGCUGACCGCCGCCUCCAUCGACGACGUCCACAUCGUCUCGGUCUACGCCAUUUGCUUCUCCUUCGUCUUCAAUCAUGAUCAGGGCGGCUCCUACUGGUGGUCGAUCUUCCCCAACGAGAUCAAGGACCUGCUGCUGGGCAUAACCUUCGGUACCGCGCUGGGCAUUUUCUUCGUAUUUUUUCCACACAGAAAACACAAGUACGUCGCGUGGUACAGAAUCUGCGGCCUGGUGCUGGGCUCGCUCGUCUGCGUGGCGAGCACGUACAAGGUCACCAUCACCGGGAGCGGCUACCUCGCCACCAUCAUCAUGUCGCUGAUCGCCACCAGCGGCUGGCGCGUACUCAGCAGGCCGUUCGACCUGCAGCCGCUGCGCCAGGCCGUGCACAUAAUGUGGCACCUGAUGCAGCCGGUGCUGUGCGGCGUGAUGGGCGCCGAGGUCGACCUGAGCGGCUGGAGCCUCGGCCGAUUGGGCCUCUACGUAAUCUGCCUCGCUUGCGGACUCGCGGUGAGGAGCGCGUUCGUGUUUCUGUCGACCUGGCGUUCUCCUUUCAACAAGAAGGAGCGCGCUUUCAUCGCACUGGUCUGGCUCGCCAAGGGUGCAACCCAAGCAGCCCUGGCCCCGAUGGUCCUCGAAGAGGCCCUGAGCAGCGGCACGGCCGGCGGCGAGCAGCAGCGGCGCAUGGGCUACGUGCUGGACGUGGUGCGCAUGGCCGUGGUCACGGUGCUGCUCAUGUCGCCCAUACCCGCCGUAGCGAUCAUGAUCGCCGGCCCACGACUGCUGCACCGCCUCGACGAGGAGGAGCGCAGCAAGCAGCGCGAGCUCAGCCUCAUCAGGCUGCUGAGCUUGCAGCCCGUGCGCAAGCGAAGACAUUGA